CCUCGCUUGGCUGGCCGCCCGCCUUCCCGCUCCGAACACGGCCUACCCUACUGCUUCGUUACCUUAAUCUAACCUACGGCGGACUAGGCACGCGAGACACCAAGAGAAUCGCGUCAGCAAUUCAGGAUGGCGACCGAGUUCGAGGAUGUCCUCACAAACCAGCCUGUCGUGAUCGACAAUGGCUCUGGGACAAUCAAGGCUGGAUUCGCAGGUCAAGACCACCCGAAAUGCUUCUUUCCGUCUUUUGUGGGCCGGCCAAAGCAUGUGCGCGUCAUGGCUGGUGCGCUAGAAGGGGACGUCUUCAUCGGACGUAAGGCGCAAGAGGCCCGAGGGUUACUCAAGAUCAAAUACCCAAUGGAACACGGGAUCGUGACGGACUGGGACGACAUGGAACGAAUAUGGAGUUGGGUGUAUGCAGAAGAGUUGGGCACGCUCAGCGAAGAGCAUCCCGUACUGCUAACGGAAGCACCGCUAAAUCCUCGCCACAAUCGCGACGUUGCGGCCCAAAUAUUCUUCGACACAUUCAAUGUUCCCGCUCUGUAUAUAUCCGUCCAAGCUGUAUUGUCACUAUAUUCUUCUGGCCGAACAACAGGUAUUGUUCUAGACUCGGGCGAUGGUGUCACGCAUGCGGUACCCGUCUUUGAGGGUUUCUCGAUGCCUCAUGCAAUUCGCAGAGUAGACGUUGCGGGGAGGGACGUGACGGACCACCUACAACUGCUCCUCAGGAAAUCGGGACACCACUUGCACACGACUGCUGAGCGGGAAGUCGUGCGAACAAUCAAGGAGAAGUGCUGCUACGUCGCGCUGAACCCUGCCAAAGAGGAGAAGGACUCGAUGGGGCGCAGCGAGGAGUUCCGCCUACCGGACGGCAACACUGUGCAGCUUGGCCCGGAGCGGUUCCGCGCACCAGAGAUUCUCUUCAACCCCGAGUUGAUCGGGCAGGAAUACGCUGGCGUACAUCAGGUCGUCGUCGACUCCAUCAACAGAGUCGACCUCGACUUGCGCAAGAGCCUGUUCUCCAACAUCGUUCUCAGCGGUGGUAGCACACUGUGCAAAGGGUUCGGUGAUCGCCUGCUGAACGAGGUCAAGAAGCUCGCGUUGAAGGACGUAAAGAUCAAGAUUUACGCUCCCCCAGAGCGCAAGUACUCUACAUGGAUCGGUGGAUCUAUUUUGGCCGGUCUCAAUACGUUCAAGAAGAUGUGGGUGUCUGCGGAAGAGUACCAAGAGGACCCCGACAUCAUUCACAAGAAGCUGGGGUUCUGAACGGGUAUUUUCGUUGCUUUGGCUCUCCUUGCUGGUUCCUCUGUAGACCAUAUCCUGUCUUAGCUAUGAUACCCGAACAUGUAGUGUGCACUCCUAAUACG